AUGUUACAUAAAGCACCAGCUGCGUUCGGUUUAGUUUCAUUCCUACUAAUGGAAGGAAUUGAUGUGCGAAGCGCUCGAAAACACCUGCUCGUCUUCAGCUUUGCAGCCCCUUUUGCUGCAGUUGUGACUUUCGCUGUCAUAGAAAGUCUAGGACGAGAUUCGUUGUGGUCUUCUGAAUCAUCGACUGGAGUGCUCAUGCUUUUCUCGGCAGGGACAUUUCUAUUUGUGGCGACGGUUCAUGUGCUGCCAGAACUGGCUAAUCGUGCGAAGUCUGUAAAGGACUAUAUGUUAGUGGUAGAUGCACAGUCGCCAGCAACCGCGGGUCAUUCACAUUCAGGUUGGUUUUGGGUACAAAAGCGCAUACAAAUGUUCUCCGAUAAGAAUGCCUGCAUGCAUAUUGGGAGCAAUGGAUUUCAUGAUAAUUUAUAA